ACGUCACCGCGCAGACCCCCUCCAUCCGGAAGUGAAGAAGGAGAAGAGCGAGCUGAGAGGCGCCGCGGUGGAUUGUGGGAUGCGCUAGCUUGUCUUUACGCGGACCGUCGUUCGUUUUGCCCACGGUUAUAAAAUGGACGCGGGAUUUUUCCGCGGCACCAGCGCGGAGCAGGAUAACCGCUUCAGUAACAAACAUAAGAAGUUGCUGAAGCAGCUGAAGUUUGCAGAAUGUCUGGAGAAAAAGGUGGACAUGACCAAAGUAAACCUGGAGGUCAUCAAGCCGUGGAUCACGCAGCGCGUCACGGAGAUCCUCGGCUUCGAGGACGACGUCGUCGUGGAGUUCGUCUUCAACCAGCUGGAGGAGAAGAAUCCUGACGGUAAGAUGAUGCAGAUUAACUUGACCGGUUUCCUGAACGGGAAGAACGCACGCGAGUUCAUGAAGGACCUCUGGCCCCUGCUGCUGAGCGCCCAGGAGAACAUCGCCGGAAUCCCGUCUGCCUUUCUCGAGCAGAAGAAAGAGGAGAUCAAGCUCAGACAGGAGUCCCUGGCAGUUAUGAAAAAGGUAGACGAAGAUAAGAAAGACCGAGAGAGCAAAGAGAAAGCUCAGUCCAGGAGUCCCAAACGGAGAAAAUCUCGUUCACCGGCGAAGCGCGAAAGGAAACGCAGCCACUCUCGCUCGCCUCGACGCAAACCCAGCCCACCGGCUCUGCCCCUGCCCAGUCCACCCAGUCACAAACCCGAGCCUCAGCCCGAGCCCGACCAAUCAGAGAGCUCCAAACCAGAACCGCUGAUCCAGGAGGCUUCCUCUACCAGCGAUUUGGCAAACGAAGCAAAGCCGGAUUCGGUGUCCGAGGUUCCCAAGGACGUGUCUCCGGAGAAACCUGCAAAGACAGAAGACAAACCGAAACCGAGAGAUAGAGACCGGGACCGGGAGAAAGACGGACGCCGAGAUCGUCCACGCCAUCGCACGCGGUCUCGCUCGCCCCGCCCCCGGCGGCGCCAUCGAUCACGCUCUAGGUCAUACUCGCCCCGGCGCAAACCGAGCCCGAGGAGACGCGUGUCCCCCAGACGCAGGAGUCCCCCCAGACGGCCGCCUCCUUCCAGACACAGGCGCAGCCGCUCACCUGCACGCAGGAGGCGUUCGCGUUCUCGCUCGUCUUCAGGCAGCUCGUCCUCGCGCUCGCCUCAUAAGAGGCCCGCUAAACGCAGCUCCGUCACACCACCCAGGAAACAACCACGCCGCACUGAUACGUCCUCCAGCCCCAGCAGGAGGCGCCGCAGCCCCUCAGGUUCGAAUCGGCGACCCGCUGGAAGAAACGAGUCGCCGUCUCCUGCUCCUAAACCCAGACGAUCAGACCUGUCAGAAUCAGAGGAGGAUAAGUUGGGGAAGGGCGCGGCGGUCGAUUCCGUCCAGCAGCGACGGCAGUAUCGCAGGCAGAAUCAGCAGUCGUCUUCAGAGACUGGAUCAUCAUCCUCAUCCUCAGAGGACGAAGGGCCGAGGAGGCCAGGCAGAGGGCCGCCGGCAAGGAAUGGCGACAUCAGGAGGAGGCGGAGUCGCUCACCCGUGUCACCUAGGAGACGGCACAGGGAUGCGUCGCCAAGAAAGAGACGUUCUCCUUCUCCUCGACGUCACCGCUCGCCUUCACCCAGACGACGUAGGUCUCCAUCGCCUCCACCCAGACGCAGGUCGCCCUCGCCGCCUCCUCGCCGCUAUUCCCCGCCCAUCCAGCGGCGCUACAGCCCCUCGCCCGUUCCCGCUCAUAAGAGACGCGCUUCUCCUUCGCCCGCUCCUCCGAAGCGCAGCAGUCCUCGCUCGUCUUCCUCUCCCCCUCCACGCUCACGCCGUAGCCCGCCGAUGUCCUCCUCGGGGCGUCAGGGCAGCCCACAGGGCAGAUACCCGCCCGCGGGGUCGUCGCCUCAGCGCCGGGGGCAGUCUCCCGCUCACGGCCGAGCCAUCCGCAGGGUGUCGCGUACACCUGAGCCACGCAACACGCAGAGAGGGUCUCAGAGCCCACGGCCAAUGAGAAGACAGUCAUCCCGUUCGCGCUCUGCCUCUCCCGAUCGUUUCCCAGCAUCCUCAGCGGCAGCUUCCGGGUCUCUCAAGCGGCCGGCUCCUGCGUCUGCGUCCCCGUCUCCUUCUCCCGCCCGCUCGGCCAGCGGCUCUCCUCCUCCUCCACCUCCGGCCAAGAAGGCCAGCAGCGCCUCGCCAAGCCCCUCCCCCAAUAAGAACUCGGACGCAGACGGCGGCAAGAAGAAGAAGAAAAAGAAGGAGAAGAAACACAAGAAGGAGAAGAAACACAAAAAGCACAAGAAGCACAAGAAGGAGAAAGGCAGCGCCGCGCCGUCAGGGGAGGGACAGGAGAACGCUCGGAUGGAGGAAGAGCACGAAUCCGAUCAGAAAAAGGAAUCAGAGAGUGAAGUAGAGGACAGUCUGGAUGAUCUGGAGAAGCACCUGAGGGAAAAAGCGCUGCGCUCCAUGAGGAAAGCCCAGAUGUCUCCAUCCCAGUCCUGAGAAUCCUCUCUCUCUCUCUUUUUCUUUCUUUCUUUUUUUUUUUGGACAUUUUGUUCAGCUUUAGAAUGUACAAAUUGUUCGGAGUUCACCCAUGAUGUUGGUCUGGUGGUAAUUUUAUUUUUUUGAUGCAGUUUGUGUUGAAAUUUGCAGCAUGAUGUUUGUUUCUCCAGCCACUAAAAAUGACGUUAAGAAAAUAAAUAAGAAACGCCCUGUUUUUUCCCCUCCUUCCUCCCUUCCUUCUUUCCUUCCUUCCUUCCUUCCUUCUGCAACUGAUAAUAACUCUGAGAUUGAGAGUUAGCGUGUAGAUUUUUCCCCCUCAUAACCUCACGCAGUGUUUUUAUAAUUUUUUUUUUUUUUGUUAAUGAUGCAGAUCUGUGUGUUGGUCCCCCUGUGUGCAUGAUCCAUACAGUAAAAACACACACAAACACACACAGACACACACUGUGCAAAACGGAGAACAAGCGAGGGCUCUCUGCUUCUCGUCCCAAUGUUUGUUUUGUAACUUUUUAAGUUGUUUCAAGUCGUUGAACCGUUCAAAGAUUUCUGGCUUUGAAAAAGUCACAUUAAACAAAAGGAUAAACUUG